AUGGCGACGAGCUGCGAGAAAUUGGACCAAUUGGUCAAAGACUAUCUGUUGUUUCGGGGGUUUUCAUCCACACUGAAAGCCUUUGACCAGGAACUGAAAACAGAUAAAGAUAGAGGAUUACGAGUGGAUCGUAUGAUGGAAAACAUCUGGUCCCUGAUUGUUGGCUAUGACCUGCAAGGAUUGAAGGAGUAUUGGCGGUACUUGAACCAGCGCUUGUUUUCACGGUUAGAGCAGCGUUAUGCAGCCAGUGAGAGAAAGCUGGAGACCAGUCUUCUGAAACUGUACAUUGUCAAUGCUCAACAGUCCGGCCGACAGGACAAGGUCCUGGCAUUUUUUGAGCAGAUGGGGGUUGAGCUGCAGACACAUCCUGACUUCAAAGAAUGGUUUGCAUUUCCAUUUGUAUCAAGUCCAGCAGAGAAUUCAUUGUUUUCUCUGUACUUCAACAAACAGUGGCAGGAUACGCUACUUUUGUCUCUCCAUAACUUUUUGUCCGUUGUUCUACAAGCGAUGCAUAUCCUUGUUUUAGGAGGUGGGGUAGACAUUUCAUUUAUUGUUUCUUUAACUGGAGUACCUGUCCCAACUUUGCUGAAUGUGGAGUUUGAUGCCAGGAGGAUGAAGACACUACAGGAGGAGAACACAUCACUCAAGCAGCAAUUGUUGAAUGAAGGGGGACAUAUGCGUGACCUCAGGUCUGCUACAAGAAGAAAUAUGCAGCUGGAAGGACAUCCGCCCCCUUCCCCUCCAGAUAUGGUGUUUGACUUUUCAGGUCUGGCAAACGAAUCAGAAACACCAGAUCCAGAGAGACAGAAAACCACUCGUCGGUUCCCACUCAGUUUAACAUCGCCGCUCAUGGGGCGCAAGAAAUCAGACUCCACACUCAGCAAGGGGAAAGUGGCUGUGCAGCAGCAGUCAUCCUCUGCCUCUACCUCAGCUGCAGUAGGGGCUUCAGCACAAGGAAGGCAGUGGAGGCUUCCCGACUCAGCAGUAAACCCAUUAUUACAAAACUCAGGUCAAGGUGACGGACGAAGGUCAAGUAUAGCAACAUCCGCAUUAUCUUCCACAUCAUCACAGUCAUCCACCACCAGGCAGCCUGUCGUCAGCAAGCAGACAGCCACUGUCCGACAGUCACCAGUUCAGCUGGUUAAACACAGCUCCUACUCAUCCAUUGACCCGGUUAGCAUGACAGCAGCGUCACAGCUGGCUAAUAGAUCUUUGUCAGUCCCCGAAACCAAGAACACUGCAGCAGGUAGAGGGAGAUCACUAACAACAGAAGUUACUUCAGAUGUAUUACAAUCUUCCCAGAGUUCCCUGAGUCACAGCCCAGCUUCCAGCGGUGUGGCUAUGGGAUCCAGUGCAGAUUCAGACAGUGCUUUUGCUCUUGCUAAUGAUGCUGACAGUCCAUUCUUAUUACUAGAGGAUGAGUACAGAGAGCACAGCUCGGCAGCUUCUUACUGUCACUUUAGUCUCAACGGGCAGUACGUUGCUAGUCUGGACGUUGAUGGGGUUGUCAAGGUGUGGCACUGGAGCCCUCAGCCAGCGACGACAGCCACGGUGAUGUCCAAGUCAGCUUUCUUGUCCCUGGCCUGGGCCAGCAAGUCAGACAGAUGGCUCCUACUGGGCAACAGAGCUGGCACCAUCCGGUUAUUUGAUGUCAAAGAAAGUAAAACUUACAGGGAAGUGCUGGUGAAGCCAGAUAAUCCGGCCAAUUGUAUGCGAGUCAACGACCUGUCAACCAGUCCCUCCAACAUGCAGUUUGUGUGUGCUACCUCAGACUUCUGCCCCUUUACCUCCGAUAUCAACACAGUCAGUGGCAGGCUGCUCCAGUGGGACCUCCGAACUCUAAAACUGGAAAGAGCAUUGCUGGUUGAUUCUACUGUGUGUACUGCAAUUACCUGCUCGUCCUACAGCCAGAGUGGCCACUUACUGCUGACAGGGGGUGCUGACGGUUCAUUAAGAAUCUACGAUUCCAGCCUGCAAAAACCGGUGCAGAAGUGGCCAGGUCACGACCUGCCUAUUCACACAGUGCAGUUCAUGGGAGAUAAAUCUGUUUACAGCAUGUCUGCAGACGGAAAGCUGCAAGAAUGGAGCUUGCACAAACCAGGACAGCUAGUGAACACAUUAUCUUUCAGUGCCCGUGACCUGGGCAACGUGGGGAAAGCCAGUACUGGCAGUUGUCGGGGUCGAUUGUUCUGCCUUGACCUGGAUCAUCAUUACUUGCUGACCUACAUGGGCAGAAGGGGAGUCAUCUACAAGGUUACGGGUGUUGCCAGCCCCACUUGUGUCAUGGAACUGAGACCGCACCAAUCUCCCGUGGUGACUGUUGACUGGUCACCUUCUGUGGACACCCGUGUUUGUCUGACCAGCUCUGCCGAUGGAAAAGUGAAAAUAUCAACGCUACUUUCAAAGUAG